GCCGCGAGUGUUGUGCGCAACAUGGCGGCGCCCAGGGAGGCUGAGGACGCCGGCGGCCGGUGAGAAGCUUCGUGCGACCCGAGCGCGCAGCGUGCGGUCCCUCCGCUCGGUGUUCCCCGCACUCAGGGCUCGCGCGGUCGUCCUCCCAGGCCCCCGCGCGAUGUGGAGGAGCUGCCUCCGGCUGCGGGGCGGGGGUCGCCACCUCCUGAACAGUCCCCGGGGUGGCCUCACCGCCUCCGAGGGGCCGGGGCCAAAACCCCCGGCCCACGCCCGGGCCUACGCGCCCCCAGCAGCAGAAAGGAAGAGGUUCUAUCAGAAUGUCAGCAUCACAGAGGGUGAAGGUGGCUUUGAGAUCAAUCUGGACCACAGGAAGCUGAGGACUCCCCAAGCCAAGCUCUUCACCGUCCCCAGCGAGGCCCUGGCCGUCGCUGUGGCCACUGAGUGGGACUCCCAGCAGGACACCAUCAAGACGUACACCAUGCACCUGACCACACUGUGCAACACGUCUCUAGACAACCCGACCCAGCGAGACAAGGACCAGCUCAUCUGGGCAGCCGCAAAGUUCCUGGACACUGACACCGUCUGCUGCAGGGUGGAAGAACCAGAGACGCUGGUGGAGCUGCAGAGGAACGAGUGGGACCCAGUCAUAGGCUGGGCCGAGAGGAGAUACGGCGUGAAGAUCGGCUCCUCCACCAGCAUCAUGGGGCCCAGCAUCCCAGCCCGGACUCAGGAGGUGCUGGUCAGCCACCUGGCCUCUUACAACAUGUGGGCCCUACAAGAUCCAGAAGUGGGGCAACGUCGAGUGGGCCCACGACUACGAGCUGCAGGACCUGCAGGCGCGCACGGCCGCCGGCGCCCUCUUCGUGCACCUCUGCUCCGAGAGCUCGGCCGUCAAGCACAAGCUGCUGCAGGGGUGAGGCCAGGCCCCAAGCCAUGCGGCUGGUGGAGGCCAGCUUGGGCCGAGGCAGGGGGCGUGGGUACGAGUGAUUAUAUUGAAUGAUUCUUUGCCUCGAAGCGCAUGGAGCCUCCACUCAUUGCUCUGGUCACCUCUGGGUCCCCGAGGCCACCCUGCCUACCCACAGGGCACGUGCUGCUGGGCCGGACCCUCCCACCGGGGAGCUCUCAGUGGCCCUUAGCACCAAGGCUUUUGUUUUCCAGUUUUUAAUCAGUCUUUUAAAACUGAGUCCCUCUUGGUCUGAGCCAUCUGUUUCUGUUGGUUUGUUCCUACUGUUUUAGCAAAAAUGAUUUACUCUUAAAAAUAGAAAGUAGGGUUUCCCUGGUGGCGCAGUGGUUACGAAUCCACCUGCCAAUGCAGGAGACACGGGUUCGAGCCCUGGUCCGGGAAGAUCCCACAUGCCGCAGAGCAACUAAGCCCAUGCGCCACAGCUACUGAGCCUGCGCGC